UGAAGGCUUUCUGUUCAGGAAUUACAAUCUUUCUACAGAAGGAAAGUCGGCCACACUCUAUCAACAGCGCGAAAAUGGCAGUAUAUUGAUGGGUAUUAUCGCUUAUGAAUUACUAUUUUUAGCGGAAUGCAGCACGUUAAACACGUGAGACCGUGGUACUAGACAACAUAUUAAUGCCGAUAGAUUUCACGACCAUUCCUUUACCGUUCAGAAUAUCGUGGUGGAGUGCCUAGAUCGCUAGCUUUGUGUAUGGAUGUACUCAUGUGCUGCAUCUUUAGCAUGAAAUACUGCCGAAUCGUUGGUCUGAUAAUGCAAGGGAACCGAUGUAUCUAGCUAGAAGCUACCAAUACUCAGCUCCUAAGAACCCCUAAGAACAGACAUUUACACGAUUUAGCGCUGUAAAUCGUCCUCGUUCUUCACACAGUAAAGUAUCAGUAGCAGACGAAUGCUGAGUCCACAUGAACAGACGUGUGUAAACAUCCCUACUCAUCGCCAUGCAACGGUUAUUUGACAAUGGAUGCAUCAUAUUAUGAUACGACCUCUGGAUAUUUUAAGCCAUAAACUCAUUAUGAUCACAAUUCUUUUCAUUGUGACAUACCCCCAGCAUUGAAUCUCAAGCAUGGCAUCGUCCAAACACUCAGGGAGGAGAGUUCCGCCAUCGUAUGAAGAGACGAUGGAGGAAUUAGCUCGGAGGAGGAGUGGCGAAAACCCCAAACACGACCCGACAUCACCAGGACAAGGCGUGUACAGGAAAAGAACCGACGUCGAUGAUGUCGGUUACGAUGAAGCAGGAACGACCCCGCAAUACCAGUCAGACCAACCUGCUACCAUCUCACACACAACAGUCAAACCGAACUACCAACAGCACGACGCAAAUCUCAUGCCCCAAACCUCGACAUCCACCUCCCCAUCACCCGAACCUUCCCGAGGAUCCCCGAAGAAAAGCCGAUUUAAGAAACUGAUUUCCCGAUCAACGUCGAAACGGGAUCCGAACACUUACACUUACGAGAACCAACAGAGCGUUGAUUACUGGUCGUCGAUAGAACCAGUUACGAUUGAUCCUAAUAUUGAACCUAUCCUCGUACGACCGAUGGUAACACGGAUUGGACCGGACGGAAGGACAUACUUAAGAGAUACCAGUAUAGUUGUUGUUCAGCCCGAAGAUCACGAAACUCCGAACACCCAGAAGGUAGUUGAGAGACCAAUUCGACCCAAUGACUAUAUGUGGUACUCCUUCGUGGGCAUGGCCUUUUGUUUCUUCUUUGGAAUUUUCUCUUUGAUACGAUCUAAAGAGGUUCCCGUCAAAUUCGAAGCAGGUGAUUACGAAGGAGCGGAAAAGUCUUCAACUUCUGCGCGGAAUUGGGGCACCCUCGCGCUCAUCAGCGGCGCCGUUAUCAUCAUCGUCUUCCUCUUCCUUCUAUUCGUGAGUCCUUGCCCUCUCACAAGAACAUUGCAGUUUCAGGGAAUAUGCCCUGAGGGCGUAUGAUGAAGUGAACUCGAUGAAGUUUCUGAUCUUCGAUGACAGGUUACAAUAAUCAUGCGCCUUAGCAAUAUAGAAUUAUGGAUUCUUUGAUCUGUUGAAGCGUUGUGACUCGGAUAUCUUCUCCUGCCUGUACAAUGUAUUCCGAAGGUAUAAUGGUGGAAGAGGUAAUGGUCACUCGUGAUUUUAUGCAUUGGAAACUCACGAAAAAAUCGCUAUGAGAAUCAUUUUGUUUAAGUACUUUCUUGACCCAACGAUAAAAAAAAACGAUUGAUCAAAACACAGAGGCGGGAGGGUGUUAGUCUGAAUGUGCAGCCUACUCAUGCCUUGUGUACUCGGCUCUCCCGCGAAGGGAGCAUCAAGUUUUGUAUGUGCUAGUCCUUGCAUGGAGACACACUUGUUGAUCAAAGUUCUAAUCAGGGUCUGUGCCUGCAGACUAGGAGGGUGUGCUGGUGAAUUAUGUCUGACUAAAAUGUGUUCGAAGAAUCUACCACAAUUGUGGUUGAUUUUUGGAAAUUUUUUAAAUGUGGGAUACAGUUUUGAUCAACAUGUUUUUGCAACCAAUUUCUAUUCAAAACAUAUGAUGGUAUUAAAUGAGAAAAAUAGAAAACCAUAUAGUAAAUAAAGUGAAUUUUUUUAUUUUUAUUUUUAUUUUUUAGUAAGCUUGAUAUAAUCUAUCCAUCGAGUUAAUACUAUGUACCCAAUAAUUGUAAUAAAAUUUCAAUUGUAUUGUAUUUAUGAAAAAUUUUAUUGUACGGCAAUGUGAGCACACAUUGUACUAAACGAAAAGAAAUGCUGAAAUUUAUUCUUUAUUAUAUAGUGGUGUUAAAAUUUCUGCAUUUAAACGUCGAAAAUCUCCUUCAGACAUGACUUGAUAGGUCAAUAUAUUUUAAGAUGAAGGGUAGACAAUAAUGUAGAAAACUUCUACCAAGUUAUAUUUCUCACAACAUUGUCAAAAGGUUACGCCAUUUUUAUGUGGAGAAUAGUGUUUUUUCUGUUUGCUUAUAUUUCCAUAUUCUAACAAAUGCCAUCCUUUGCUGCUGAUAAUGAAAAUGAAAUUAAUUCAAAGUAAUCUUUAUGAGAAUAUCAUGUGUUGCGUGGAUUAAUGUGCCAAAAGUGUUCUUUUAUGUAAUAUGUAUUAGGCCCUCACUUAUUUAACGUGUAUACCAUGCAACUUCAUGAUGUGAUUAAAAGACAUAAUAUCAGCUAUCAUAUGUACGCUGAUGAUUAUUGUACUUUUCAUGUUCUCCAAUACAAGAGCACUUUGAUAAUGUAUUAAGGAUCUCGAGGAUUGCAUCUCAGAUAUACGGAAGUGGAUGAAUGAUUGUUUUCUUAACUCAAUGAUGAAAAAACCGAAUUUCUAAUGUUAGGCUCUAGACAACAACUAGCAUAUCAGUCAUUAUACUGGUAGGCUCAGCUCAUAUUUUUCCUUCUGAAAAGGCAAGAAAUCUUGGUGUUAUUUUUAAUUCUACCAUGACUCUUGAUAUUCAUAUCUCUAAUAUUGUUAAGUCUGCUAAUUAUAAUCUCCGGAACAUCCGUGCAAUAAGAAAUUAUCUAACCCCCAAAACGACUGAACAGUUGAUACAUGCUUUUGUAACCUCUUAUCUUCAUAAUUUAACUCCUUUUUGGCCUUCCAAAGUAUCAAAUUCGCAGAUUACAGAAAAUUCAAAACAUGGCCGCCCGACUUGUCACAAAAUAUAAGAUAUUGCUUUUAACCUACCGUUCACUUCACAACCUUGCCCCUUCAUAUAUUUCCUCUCUCAUUCAUUCCUCUUCUACUUCUCGUACUGGUCUUCGCUCAUCUAAUUCUAUCAAACUAAAAGAACCCAGAACAAAGAGGACAUGGGGUGACAGAGCAUUCUUUGCUGCUGCACCCCGUCUCUGGAACUCACUUCCCCACACUGUUCAAAUCUCAUCCUCUCUUCAGUCAUUCCAAACAAACUUGAAAACCUAUCUUAUGUCUCAUAACGUCCAAUAAUAUGUGUACCCUAAUAACUCACCCCCCUCUCCUUAUGAAUUUGAGCGUAUUUUUUUGUUAAUGUAUGACUUUAUAUUUUUCCAAUUUACUGUUUAUAUUUUAAUUAUGAUGAAUUGUCAGGCGCCUUGAGCAUUCUUCGGAGUGGAUAUGUGCGCAUUAGAAAUAUGGUUAUUAUUAUUAUUAUGCAUAUGGUCAACGAUAUUAUGUGCUUUUUUAAGUUAGAGGCAUGUAUUUCGCCAUUUUGCAGAUCGAUGAUUUCGAAAAACAAACCCCUAUCUUAAGUAAUCGUGAUAUUAAUGUAAACUUGAUUUUCAAUUCUCAGUUAUACAUAUAUUGAGGUUUAUGCAGUCAUUUUAUAAUUUCAUUUGUUUAUUUAGAGAAUAAAAACUUUUCACA